AUGGAUGGCAAGUAUUAUCCCGCAUGCAUCCGCAGCGUGAAGCCCCCUGCGCCUUCGGCGACGGAGACGGCGCGCAGCCUGCUUGCUGCUGCAGCAGCAGCAGAGCGCGAGCAGCAGCACGGCCAGCAGCAGCAGCAGCAGCAGCAGCAGCAGCAGCAGCAGCUGAUGGUUGAACCCGUGAAGGGCCCCCAUGGCCCUGCAGAGAUCCGCCGCCUGGCCCUCGCGAGUGCCCUGUGGGCUGUUGUGGGUUCGGAGCCUUACCCUUUUUUUGUGACGGACGUGAUCACCGUCAACAGCAGCAGCAGCAGCAGCAGCAGCAGCAGCAGCAGCAGCAGCAGCAGAGAGGCUGAGGGCGCCUCGUCUGCUGCUAGUGAUGCUGCAGCCUGGCGCUACGUAGCCUCCAUUGGCUUCGAGGCCCUAGAGGUUCAGUACCUACCUGAAGAGGGGGCCCCCGGGGGGCCCCCCGAGUGGCUGAGUCCGUGGGAAGUGGACUUUGCCCCGGGGCCCCUGCAUGCAGAGGAGCAGCAGCUGCAGCAGCUGCUGCAGCAGCAGGAGUUCCCCAGGCAGAGGCAGCUCUGGCUCCUCCAGCAGCUCGAAACGCUCAUGGCCACUCCAGCGGACACCAGCAGCAGCAGCAGCAGCAGCAGCAGCAGCAGCAGCAGCAGUAACAGCAGCAGCAGCAGCGUGGCUCCCGCGCUGCGCUACCAGGCGUUCAUCGACGACAUCCCUGUGUGGACGGACAGCAGCAGCAGCAGCAGCAGCAGCAGCAGCAGCAGCAGCAGCUUGCAUGCAGCUUUGCCGCCUUGGGUGUCAGACUACUGGAAAGUAGUUCCUGUUGCUGUUUCUUUGUCUUUCAUCAGGAGGCGGCUGCAGCACGGAUUCUACAGAAGAGAAGCAGCACUGCAUGCAGACUUGCUGCUGCUGCUGCAGAACUGCAGGCGCUUCAAUGCUGCUUCGGACUCGCUGAGUGUGCUUAGCCACGAGCUGGAGAGGCACUUGCUGCUGCUGCAGCUGCUGCCGCAGCCGCAGCAGCAGCACGCGCAGCUGCAGCAGCAGAUCAAACGCCAGUACAAGCUCGCUUGCCUACUUGCUGCAGCAGUUAACCAGUUAGCAGCAACAAACGUCGGCUUUCUCGCCGACCACGAUGCCUGGAUGCAGCAGCAGCAGCAACAGCAGCAGCAGCAGCACGAGCAGCCGCAGCAGCAGCCGCAGCAGCAGCCGCAGCAGCAGCCGCAGCAGCAGCAGCAGCAGCAACUGGGGGAAGUCGCACAACAGCAGGCACAGACCCAGCAGGAAAUGGAAGUAGAGAGCUCCAAAGGCACAAUUUCAAGCAAGCGAGAGGCUUCAGAAGGGCCUGAGCCAACAACAGCAGCAGCAGCAGCAGCAGCAGCAGCAGCGGCAGGAGAGGCAGCUGCUGCUGGAGCAACAGCAGCCCCUGCAGCUGCUGCUGCAGACAGCCCCCCAAGCGCGGCUAAGCCGACAAAGCGUAUUAGCAACGGCUCCAGCAGAAGCAGCGGCAGCAGAAGCAGCCGCAGCAGCAGCAGCAGCAGCAGCAGCAGCAGCAGCAGGCGGUUCGUGCACCUGGAGACGCGCCUUCAGCGGGUCCGGCGCAGCAGGAGGCUGGAGGCAGAGCAGCAGCAGCAGCAGCAGCAGCAGCAGCAGCUGCUGCUGCUGCAGGAGGAAGAGACUGUCCAGCAGCAACUCCAGUGGAGCCCUCUUAGAGACUCUAGUUUAGGAGCUGCUUCUUCAUCUCCAGAGACGGGGUCGCAGCCUGCUGAUCCCCCGAAGCCGGCCCAGCCAGAGGUCGAGCAGCAGCAGCAGCAGCAGCAGCAGCAGCAGCAGCAGCAGCAGCAGCAGGAGUGGCCUGUUGCAGUUGCUGUUUCCUGUGAUGGCGUCGAAGAGCCCACAGAGCUGCUGAGGCCCCGCAGCUGCAAGUUUGUCGAAGAUGAUGACUGCAGCCCACGAGCUGCAGCAGCAGCACCAGCAGCAGCAGCACCAGCAGCGCCAGCAGCAGCAGCAGCAGCAGCAGCAGCUCCAGCAGCGGCAGCUCUCGAUUCUGACAGCAGCGAAGAGGAGAACCUUGGGGCUGCUGUGCUGCUGCCUGCAGCAGCAGCAAAAGCAGCAGCAGCAGCUCCUGCCCCUCUGAGGCGCAAACGUCUCCGCUGCAGCGACUCACAGCGGGAGUCCCCAGAGAAGCGGCAGCAGCAGGAGCAGCCGCAGCAGCAGCAGCAGCAGCAGCAGCAGCAGCAGCAGCAGCAGCAGCAGGGGCACCUUGACUCUGCUGAGAAAAGCCAGGGGGCCCCCGAAGCAGCAGCAGCCCCGUCGGCACACCGUUUGAGGGGCCCAUUAGGGGGCCCCUCUUCAGGGGGCCCCCCAGCAGGGGGCCCCCCAGCAGGGGGCCCCCCAGCAGGGGGGCCCCCAUCAGGGGGGCCCCCAGGAGGGGGCCCCCCAUCAGGGGGCCCCACAUUGGGGGGCCCCACAGUGGACACAAGGAGACAAAGCCAUGCAGCUGCGAGGUCCCGCCACAGUGGCAGCAGGAGAUCUGGCAGCAGACUUUCGCAGCAGCAGCAGCAGCAGCAGCAGCAGCUCUACGGGGAAGAAGGGGCCCCACAGGAAGAAUGGGCUGAGCUGCAGCGGGCAAUGGAACUGAGUCUCAAGACUUUUGAAGAAGAACAAGCUAGGAACAAGAAGCAGCAGCAGCAGCAGCAGCAGCAGCAGCAGCAGCAGCAGCAGGACGGCGUUGCGGAGGCAGCAGCAGGAGCUGCGGCAGAGGCCGCACACGCAGGCACGGGCCAAGUGCAGUCUGCAGCAGCAGCAGCAGCAGCAGCAGCAGCAGCGGACGCCUCGAACGAAGCAGCAGCAGCUGCUGCUGCGGCUCACAGGAAGGAGAGACGCGGGGGCAAGCGAAGCCGCCAGUGA